AUGGGCUGCCUCCGCCUCUUCCACGGCAGGUCCAGGAGCUGCAAGAGGCGGCCGGAGGCGACGGCCCCCGCGCCGGCGCCUGCCGCACUCUCCUCUGCCGUCUCCACUGAGGCGCGGUCGCUCGCGUCCGCGGCAGCCGCCAGCUGGGCCUCGUUUGCGUCGCCGUCGGCGAGCGUCUCGGAGGCUUCGGGCGCGAGGCCGGCGGGGAGCGGGUCCUCCGGCUCGGGCUCCGCUUCGUCGGCGCGGAGCAUCCCGGAGCUGUACGAGGAGAGGGGCGCCCUGCGGGAGUUCGGCCUCCGGGAGCUCCGCGUCGCGACGCGCGACUUCAGCCCGCUGCUCAUGGUCGGCGAGGGCGGCUUCGGGGGCGUCUACAGGGGCGUCCUCCGGCUCCCCGGAGGCGGCCCCGGCGACACGCCGGUCGCCGUCAAGAGGCUCAACCCCAACGGACGUCAGAUCAUAUACCGGGAUUUCAAAGCGUCCAACGUACUGCUGGACGAGGAGUUCAGACCCAAGCUAUCAGACUUUGGGUUGGCAAGGGAGGGGCCAUCAGAAGGCCAGACUCACGUGUCCACAGCGGUCAUGGGCACCUUCGGUUACGCAGCGCCGGACUACGUGCAGACUGGGCACCUCACCACCAAGAGCGACGUCUGGAGCUUCGGCGUGGUGCUGUACGAGAUCCUCACCGCGCGGCGCUCCAUCGAACGCAACCGGCCCAGGAACGAGCAGAAGCUCCUGGAGUGGGUGCGGCGGCACCCGCCCGAGAGCGAGCAGUUCGGGGCGAUCAUGGACGCGAGGCUCCAGGGGCGGUACCCUAUGCGAGGCGCCACGGAGGUGGCCAGGCUCGCCAACGGCUGCCUCGCGAAGCACGCCAGGGACCGCCCCACGAUGAGGGACGUGGUCGAGGGGCUGAGGCAGGCGAUGCGGCACACGGAGAUGGACGGCGUUGUCGUCGUGGGUGCCGCGGCGGAGUGCCAGGGCUCGCCUCCUCAGGAGGAGGCGCCGGGGGCGCCGGGCGCAGAGGAUGCCAGUGCCGUGGCGGUGGCAGCGGAGGCGAGGAAGAGACGGAUGCUUCGUCUGGCCGCUCUAGGGGGUGCUGCUGACGCUCAUGCGAGGCGGCGGCUCAUGCUCAUGAGGACUGCUGCCACUGCCGCCGCUGUUCCGACGUGA